CAGAUCAUCAUUUCUGCUGUAUCCCAUUCCCAUUUCAGAAAGUAGGGUCCUUUCUACAAUUUACACGGGCUUUGCCCAUAUAUAUCUCAACUUGCUACCCCUUUUUCUGCAUCUCAAAUUCGACCACCUCCUACUCCUUCCAACAAUUCUUAAAGAUGACAACAGCUGAAGAAACUUCAAGUUUGAAACUUUUGAGCCAACAUCUCUUGGGGGAUACUUCAGACCCUUUUCUUACCAGCCUCAUUUCUGUGAAGCUUGAAGAAGACCCAUCCUCAGAACUUGAUUUGGACUCAAACUUUUCAGGCCAAAGCACCUUCUGCAAUCUUCUUGAGUGCUUUGGUUUUGAAGCAGAUGCAGAAGUUGAGGUUGACGGUCGCAAUUCCCAUGAUGUCCAAAACUCCAUUGCAAUGAGUCCCUCAGAGGAACCCCAGAAGUCCGAUUUGGCUGAGACAACAGUGUCAGGGGAAAAGGAAGCAACAUGUUAUGAGGGAAGGCGUUAUAGAGGAGUGAGAAGAAGGCCGUGGGGCAAGUUUGCUGCAGAGAUACGUGACCCAAGAAAGAAAGGGACAAGGGUGUGGCUUGGCACAUUUGAGAGUGAGAUUGAUGCUGCUAAGGCCUAUGACUGUGCUGCUUUCAGAAUGAGGGGUCAGAAAGCCAUAUUGAAUUUCCCUCUGGAGGCUGGAGAGUCUCAUCCUGAGCCCAGUAGUUGUGGUAGGAAAAGAAGAAGAGAUCACACAAAAGAUGGCUCAAGUUCUAGUUAUGUCAUGUCAUGAACAUUAACUGUGAGAGAACCACUUUUUCCCUUUUUAUCUGUUAAAUAAGUAAAAGCAAGGUUUAUACUACAGUUGAGCUUGAUAAGGUUUGCUAUAUUAAAUCCUUGGACGCAAUAUGUGGGUGUUAAAUGGGUGGAGGGAAAAAAGAGAGAGAGGUAGGAAGAAAAGAAAAGAAAAAAAGAAAAAAUGUGAUAUAUGAUGUGAUAGAAAAAAGACGAAAGAAAUAGAAAAAUUAGAAAAGAGGGUAAAAAAUAGAUGUUUGAGAAAAAUGGGUAUGAAAAUAUAAUAAUUGCUAAAUCCUUGAGUUAGAGUUUAAGAAAGCAUAUUGGGUGAAAUUAAUUUAAACCAAGAAUUAAACAGUUCACAAAGAAACGUAGUAAUGCUUAAACUGUAUUCUUUUGGCAGUUUUUCUAUUUGAAAGAGAAGUCAGUAGCCAAUGCAAAUGAAUAUGGGAUGGACUGCAUGCUCUAUUUGUUUCAGAUAUUUGAAAAAAAUAAUUUUGAACCGUUAAAUACAAUUGAAACUAUGCAUCCCCAUAUGGAAAAGUGAUUAUUGUAAAUCAAAUAGGCUCGCAUAGUUGAAUGCCAUUGCCGUUUGUGAGAGGCAAGAAUAAUAAAAUUUGUAUUCUAUAAUGUAAAGAUACUUCAAAAUUGACGAUGUAAUCUGUAACCAAAAAGAUCACACUGCCCUCCAAUGUUACAUACAUGAUAUAGGUCAAUGCCAACGAGACUACUCCUACAAUGGUCAUUAAAUUGAUUCAAAAUUAUUUAUAUACAUCAAAUUUAACAUAAUAUAUACAUUUUUCAUGUGAAAAUAAAUAUCUAUUAAUUUUAUUUUAGUUGUUCAAUUGCACGUUGUUAAUUCAUACUGCUAUUGUUCUGGGUUACCUUAAAAAGAGUCAAACCCCAAAGCUACUCUCUUGGACCGUCAAAGGUCCAAUACACAAUUGGGUUAGAUAUUGGUUUUGAACCUCACUUAAAGGUCCAAUACACGUAAAGCCAAAGAAUCAUGAAUAUCACAUGUCUCAAGAAUCUUCCACGAUUAAGUACUAUAUAAUUAAUCUACGCUACACACUUUUUUUAUUAUUGUUAUUGUUGUUGUUAUCCCGUUGAUUAUUUCAUAAUUUAAAUUUAAUAUUUUUAUUUUAAAUUUAAUUAUAAUUAUAAUUGUUGAUAAUUUUGUUAACAGAAGAAAAUGUUAUCUUUUUUUUUUUUCAUUUUAUUUACUAACCUUUCUUUAUCAAACAAUAACUUUUUAGGAUAAGGAGCAACACAAUUUUUUUAAUACAUUCUUUAUUAACUAAAAUUUAUUUAAAAAUAAUUAAAAUAUGAAAAAAUAUUAAAUCAAAAAUAAAAAAGAGUGACUUAUAUAUUUAUAC